AUGAGCGACUGAAUUUUCCCAGGUUGUUUUUGUCUGUUUCUCUCCUGGUUUUCUAAAAGUUUAUAACAGCUAGCUUACAAACCGACCCGAACCUUCUGCCUCCUGAUGUGUUGAUCAAAUUACAGACUUUUCCUGAAUUCACACCACAUCAUUUAUCUCUGACCUAAACGGCGUUUCCGCUUAAAACGGAGCAGCAUUAAAAACCUAUGAGAUGCUAACCAGUUUCUGUUGUACAUGCUAGGCUACGUGACGGCGCGUCUCCUUGGUUACUAGUGGUUACUAAUGGUUACCAAUGGUUACACGGUUCCUUCUCCUUAAUGUUUUAUUUGAUAUCUUUCUAAUCAUACUUACUUCUAGAGGAUAUGAACGUUAAUCUUUCUACCUUGUAAUAAGUUUCGUUUCUGAGGGCUGACGUCAUUAGGUUUGACUGCUGCUGUCCGUGGCGGCCAUCUUUCUUCAUUAAAAGUUAUCAAAUAAAAUGACAAGUUUGGUUUCCAUCUUGUGAGCAUUUUUAAAGUGAAAUCAACUAAAUAAUAGAACAUCAGGUAACAGGUCUGUUUUUAGACAGGCUUUAAAGAGCCGCAUCGGUUGUUCUGACGUCAUGGCGGAGUUCUGGGGAGCGUGACGUCACGGUCAAUAAAUGGUGGCUCGCAAAAGUAAUCAGAAUCAGUAAAUCAGUAUUUCAUUGGAAUUUAAUGUGAAAGAACAAAACAAAGUGGAAGUAGAAAGAAAAAUAUACGAUUCAAAAUAUUUUACAAAUAUUUCCGUCCACCAGGCUGUAGUUUGAUAAGAAAAAUGAGUUUAUUAAAUUAUACUAAAGAAAUAAAACCUGUAAAGGGAAUUAGAAACCAAAAUUAGAUGAAUGAAAACCCAAAAAUAAGCAAAAGCCAAAACAACCCUAACAAAAACCCACCAAGACAAACAAACCAACCAAAUGUGUUUCUGAGGAGGGAGAGGAAAGAGCCUCCUGUCUGCUGCAGCAUGGCAGCUUUACUGCAGCUUUACUGCAGCAGUCAGGGCAAACAACAACACCCACAGAAAGCCUGCUGUGUCCAGAACCCUGUAAGAGACGAAGGGCAGAGACCUGCUGGAGCCGCAACACAAAUAAACUAAAGUUUUCAGCCCCCUUUUCUCUGAGGGCAACAAGUUGCCUUCAUAAGUUGCCUGAUGUGUGUGAUCUAGUCUCAGUACAAAUCCAGCUUCCAGAUCGUCCAUUUGGAGUGAAAGGUGGAUUACAAGGUGUAAUUCACCUUGGUAAGAAUAAUGAAUAAGUUUAGAGUUUAGUUAAGUUUUGCAAAAAUCAUAUUUUUAUGUCCUGAUCCCUGAAAGGGUUUAUCGUCUUUAGUAGCUAAAAGUUUAAUGAACCUCAUCAGCUGCUGUUUCUAACAAAGUGUUUCUCCAGAAACUUCAACUGAAGACCUGAGAGUUUAUCAGGCAGGAGCAGAAUGAAGGAGGAGAACCAGGAGAACCGGGAGAACCAGGAGAACCGGGAGAACCAAGAGAACCGGGAGAACCAAGAAAUUAAGACUGAGGUAAAGGUUGAGGAAACUGAGGAAGUUAAACUGGCUGAGAACCAUGAGGACCACCAGGACCCAGAACCGGACCACCAGGACCCAGAACCGGACCACCAGAACCCAGAACCGGACCACCAGGACCCAGAACCAGGUUUCCACACUCUGGACACCACCCAGACCCAAACGUCUGUCUCCUCUGGUCUACAGUUUCAGGAAAUGUCUUGCACCCUGCUGUGCUGUCCCGUCUGCCAGCCCUGCCUGUGGAAACAUCUGAAGGAUGUUCACCACGUGAAAAAUGCGUCAAAGCCACAGCUGACCUGGUCGAGCGGUCGCACCAACAUUCAGUCACAUCCAGAGCCGACUGUAGAUGAGAGGGGCGAAGAGUUGAACCGGGCAGCGACCGCCGAAGCCCCUCGGCUGGAGGAGAGGAGCGGGACGCGGCCAGGCUGCACUCAGCUCUUCAAGGCAGUCAAGUCACGACUCAGAAAGCUGGAGUGGGACAAGAGCGAACUGGAGGCAAGAGUGGGUCAGUUGGAGCGGGUCCUGAUGGGGGCGCGGCGCAGCGCUGCGGCCGACAGGGCGGAGGAAGGCCGUCAGCCGGCGGGUGGACCGUCGGACCCGGGUGUUUCUGCAACGCAGCGCAAGAGGCGGAGGCAGCGGGCACUGGGCGAGGCAGCGGCAGCGGACGGCGCCUCGUCGGGCCGUUCCUCCGGGACGCAGCCUGACCAAGGAGCAGGAACCACGGUGAGAUCAUCAGAACCACGGUGA